CAUUCUCUGACUACAGGGUUUGAUCCUUCACCUGGAGAGGUCAUUCUCUGACUACAGGGUUUGAUCCUUCACAUGGAGAGGUCAUUCUGACUACAGGGUUUGAUCCUUCACCUGGAGAGGUCAUUCUCUGACUACAGGGUUUGAUCCUUCACCUGGAGAGGUCAUUCUCUGACUACAGGGUUUGAUCCUUCACCUGGAGAGGUCAUUCUGACUACAGUUGCCACUUCUUGACAAAAUCUUCAGGGUUUAAAGACUCGAUCACUGCGACUACAUUUAUACACAUUAUUCUGUUUGCUUCAAUCGAGACACGGAUCCCGAUGUUCAAUCCGGAUUCAGGAAUACUUACACAUUUAACAUUGAAAGGAGAUACUUUGCGAACCGUUUGAUAUUUCGGGUCUGAUCUGACUACAGAAGCAUGGUUGAUAAAACCAGUUUAGCAACUAAAUCUGCUUUGCAAGCAGCGUUCUCCUCCGCCUGCAACCUCCCCCUGCUCGUCUCUUCUGCCUCGACACACAGCCACUUCCCCGGCUCCCAGGCCCAGUCCCACUCUCACUCCCACUCCCAGUCCCAGUCCCAGCAGCCCAGCGGCGGAGGCAUGAAGCUAGAGGCGGUCAUGGAAAACCUCCAACGACAGCAGGCUGCCCGCCUGGCGUUAGAAGAGAAGCUCCGUCAGGCAGAGAAAGAAAAAGAUCUCCGCUCCAUGGUCGAGUCCCAGAUCCACCAACAAGCCGUCGCCUUCCGUCACUACCAGGCAGCGGUCCGGGGCGAUUUCGCUGCGGGAAUAGAGAACUCUUCUCCCGAGUUGACGAGCUCCGUUGAACGGGAACUGUCUCUCUCUCACAGUCUUGACGUUAGCAGGCACACGGCCAAAACCGACUACUCCGAUAUGGACGAUGAUCCAGAGGGUAUGGACCGAGGUAUGGAGAAUGACGACAGGGAUCUGGAUGGAGAUGACAUGGACGAUGAGGAGGACCAGCCCCGCCAUCCGAUGCCCCCCGGGGCGGGAGACUCGCCAAAGGACGCCCUGGUACAUGUCAUGUCCAGAGCCACUCGGUCUCUCGCUGCGCCCCGGCAGUCAGAGACCCCGGGCGGGAUGGCACCACAGUCUCAGCAACACGAAUGGACUUACGACGAGCAAUUCAAACAGUUGUACGAGUUGGAUGAUGAUGUCAAGAGGAAAGAGUUUCUUGAUGACCUCUUCAGUUUUAUGCAGAAGAGAGGGACUCCAGUGAAUCGUAUUCCUAUCAUGGCCAAGCAGGUGUUGGAUCUGUACACGCUCUACAAGCUGGUCACAGAAAAAGGCGGCUUAGUGGAAGUCAUCAAUAAGAAAAUAUGGCGAGAGAUCACCAAAGGCCUCAACCUCCCGACUUCCAUUACAAGUGCAGCGUUCACCCUGCGAACACAGUAUAUGAAGUACCUCUACCCUUACGAAUGUGAAAAGAGGGGUCUGAGCUCCCCCGGAGAGCUCCAGGCAGCUAUCGACAGUAACCGCCGCGAGGGGCGUCGUCAGAGCUACGGGUCGGCCAUCUUUAACUACUCUCCAGUCGGGAGCCCCUCCAUCCUCACCUCUCCCAAGAUGAGCAUGUCUCACCUGGCCAUGUCCACCUACAACGGAGUACACCUGACCCAGGGACACAGCGUCAAGAAAGAGGAUGACCUGAUGUCGGGAGGUCUGCCGGGCCGUGUUGGGGAGAUGCCCAUGUCUCUGAGAGGGCACCACGGGGCGGCUGCAGCUCAGGCCGCUGCAGGACAGGCGGCUGCAGCGUUGGAGCAGCCGAGGGAGAAACCGGAGAGCGGGGAGCCGCCAGAGAAGAAGAGGAUGGAUCAACAGAGGCUCAUGCAGCAUGCGCUGCAGCGGAACCUCCUCGCCGUGGCAACGCAGCUGCCCGUGAACAUCAAGUUUAACAACAGAGGUGAGAGGAUGAGAGAUGAUAGACAAGAGACUCCAUUGAACCUGUCUACCGGCGGCAUUAGCAGCAUCAACAUGUCAAUAGAAAUAGAUGGAGUUGUCUACACAGGUGUUCUAUUUGCCAAGAAGCCCUCCCUUCCCAUGAUGCUCAGUGGUCACCAGAACCACACCUCCUCUCAGGGAAAGACCAGUCUGGGGCUGAACUACUCCUGCGUACAGAUCCAACCGUCCUGCUGCUCUUCCUCCUCCUCCUCCUCCACGUCCUCCACAUCCUCGGUCCACGGACCCGGAAACUCCUCUCCCUGAUCUGAGUCUCGCCCAUAGCCCCACCAAGUCACUCUAAUCCUCGCCCCUAUCCUCCCCCAACGACAGCACGCGGUCUGAGAUACCAGGAGAAAUUACUUCUGUUGUUUUUUUCCCCCCUUCUUCCUCCCUUUUUCUCUAUUUCCCUUAUCCCAGUUAAAAUAAUAAUAAAAAAUAUAUUUACAGAGGAAAUACUUCCGUAAGAAAAGAACAAGAAAAUGCUCUCCUUCUAUUCUCUCUCCUCCUUCCUCCGACCUCUGAACCCAAUGGUAUGCAGAGGACCUCUGAACCCAAUGGUAUGCAGAGGACCGCUGAACCCAAUGGUAUGCAGAGGACCUCUGAACCCAAUGGUAUGCAGAGAACCUCUGAACCCAAUGGUAUGCAGAGGACCUCUGAACCCAAUGGUAUGCAGAGGACCUCUGAACCCAAUGGUAUGCAGAGGACCGCUGAACCCAAUGGUAUGCAGAGGACCUCUGAACCCAAUGGUAUGCAGAGGACCUCUGAACCCUGUGUGUAUGCAGAGGACCUCUGAACCCAAUGGUAUGCAGAGAACCUCUGCACCCAAUGGUAUGCAGAGGACCUCUGAACCCUGUGUGUAUGUAGAGGACCUCUGAACCCAAUGGUAUGCAAAGGACCUCUGAACCCAAUGGUAUGCAGAGGACCUCUGAACCCUGUGUGGUAUGCAGAUGAAGUCCUCUGUCUUUCUGUCCUGUGUGUAUACAGUUGAAGUCAGCUGUCUUUGGUGUUUUUCCUAAGACCAGCUGCUCAGUUUGGAGCGGUGUUAACCUAAGUGCGGAUCUAUGGUGACACAUCAUUGGACCCAAGGAACUGUGGGACAAAGACACUGGGCUUUCUGUCCGUUUCCUCCGUCAGAAGAGGAGAUGCUCGUCGACAUGUAGUAAGGUUUGUUUGUGACCUCUACUAGACAUUAUAGCUCAUAGUAUUGCCGCUUUUUCCCCUGAAAGAAAAACAAGAGUAACCAAUGAAAAGACAGUAGAAGUAUGCACAGCACAGAUUCAAUAGUGGGCUGGACAGUAGUCGAAGCUUUGACUUGGUACCAAUGAUCAAGCUAUAAGGAUAUACUAUCAACAAAGCACAUCUCUCAGAAUCAGGGAAGUGCCACAUUUUCCUCCUUUUCUUUCAGAGAGGAAAAUAUCAGGGCCGUGUUGUCUAUUGAAGAUCCGCUCAUCUCUCAAAACAUUGCCUAAUGUAAAGGUGUAAACCACAUGGCCUCUAGUAGCGAAUGGUGCUUCACUUUUAGUCGUGGUCAGUGUGCCCUUACCCUUCUCAGAUGUGUCUCUGAAGAGAUCGAAUGAUGGCUCAUUGAUGAAAUCUCAUAUCGCAACACAUUCGCCAUCUACUCAAAGCCAUACCAGUAUCAAUCAAUUAUUACCAGUGAAGUUUGUGGUAAAGGCAGUACUUUGCAAUCAGACUGAAGCACACAAUGUACCUGCUUGACUGGUAGACUAUCGCUGGCGAAUGGUGAUUCUACCUGCUGGUAGACUAUCGCUGGCGAAUGGUGAUUCUACCUGCUGGUAGACUAUCGCUGGCGAAUGGUGAUUCUACCUGCUGGUAGACUAUCGCUGGUGAAUGGUGAUUCUACCUGCUGGUAGACUAUCGCUGGCGAGUGGUGAUUCUACCUGCUGGUAGACUAUCGCUGUCGAGUGGUGAUUCUACCUGCUGGUAGACUAUCGCUGGUGAAUGGUGAUUCUACCUGCUGGUAGACUAUCGCUGGCGAGUGGUGAUUCUACCUGCUGGUAGACUAUCGCUGGCGAGUGGUGAUUCUACCUGCUGGUAGACUAUCGCUGGCGAGUGGUGAUUCUACCUGCUGGUAGACUAUCGCUGGCGAAUGGUGGUUCUCAGCUCCUAGGAAAUUAAGUCUUUGAUAGUUGCCAUGGGAUUCCAAUCUGCUGAACACUGAAUUGGGUAGAACACUUCAACAUGUGACCCUGCAGAAGGAGGGUAAAACACACGUGGUUAGCUAUGUUGGUAAGACAAAGAUAAUAUGUGGGUAAAACAGCAGAAGAUUGCGAGGCGAAAGGUACUAAUCUGAUCACCAGUCACACCGUGGCUUUAUCUUGUGACUGGCAUCCAUACUUAUUUUCUUUAGUAAUACACUUGUGUCUAGGAUUGGAGAGCUUCUCCCUACUCACUCUUUUGUUCUCUCUCUAUCUCUCACUCUCUUUCUUUCACUCUCUUGCUCUCUUUCGCUCUCUCGCUCUCUUUCGCUCUCUCGCUCUCUUGCUCUCUCACUCUCUCUCGU